GCGUGGCCGGCGUGCCUGUUCCCUCAGAAAGGUGAACUUUCCUCCGCCUUUUACUUCAGAGCGGCUGUCGGCGGGGCUCGCGGAGGCGAUGGCGGCCAAGCGGCGGGUGGUGCUCUUCGACCUGGGCGGCGUCCUCUUCGGCACCGGCUUGCAGGGCGUCCUCCGGCGCUUCGAGCAGGCUCUGGGCCUUCCCGGCAACUUCUUCCAAAAUGUCAUCCUGCACGGAGGCCUUGAGGGACCUGUCUCCAAAGCGAUGACGGGCCAGAUUGGACUAACCCAGCUGAUCAGUGACUUUGAAGAAGACUGUAAGAAGAUCGCUGCUACCUCUGGAACCUCCCUGCCGAAACAGUUCUCCGUGGCUCGGGUCUUUGAGGAAAUGACAGAAGGAGAGACUUUCAACUACCCUCUCCUGCGGGCAGCUGUGACCCUCCGAAACCAUGGCUUCAAGAUUGCUGUCCUGACAAACAACUGGAUUGACGACACCUCCUAUAGGCAUCGCACAGGGCUUGCCUUCACUCUACUAAGGAGAUAUUUUGACCGGGUGAUUGAGUCAUGCCGUAUUGGGCUGCAGAAGCCAGAUCCCAGGAUCUAUGAGUAUGCGCUGGAUAUGUUGAAGGCAAAACCUGAGGAGGCUAUUUUUCUGGAUGACUUUGGUGUGAACUUGAAGCCUGCUAAGGAGAUGGGAAUAGCCACUAUUCUUGUGAAAGAUACCGGCUCUGCUUUGAAGGAGCUGCAGGAUCUGACGGGGGUUCAGCUUCUUGAACAGGAAGAAAGCCUGCCCCCUGCUUGUGAACCGGAGAGUGUGGCCCAUGGCUAUGUGAUGAUCAAGCCUGAUACCCAGCUACACUUUGUGGAGAUGGGUAGUGGUCCGGUCGUUUGCCUGUGCCAUGGUUUCCCAGAGUCCUGGUUUUCUUGGAGGUACCAGAUCCCUGCUAUAGCUGAUGCCGGCUUCCGCGUCAUUGCCUUGGAAAUGAAAGGAUACGGAGACUCCAAAGCUCCCCCAGACAUAGGGGAGUAUUCUGUGGAAGAAAUAUGCAAGGAUCUGGUGGUCUUCCUGGACAAGUUGGGCAUCUCCCAGGCUACCUUCAUUGGUCAUGAUUGGGGUGGGGCCAUUGUAUGGAAUAUGGCUCUUUUUUAUCCAGAGCGGGUCAGGGCAGUGGCCGGGGUAAAUACGCCCUACCGGCCUUCAAAUCCCAAGAAAGAUGUGAUGAAGUUGAUUGAAGCCAACCCUGUCUUUGAUUAUCAGCUCUACUUCCAGGAGCCGGGAGUUGCGGAGGCCGAACUGGAGAAGGAUCUGAGCAGGACUCUGAAGGCUGUGAUCCGAUCGACCAAGGAGGAGGACGAGAUAGAGGGGACUUCACUUAAUGUCAGCAAAGUCCGGCAGAGAGGAGGGCUGCUGGUGGGAUUACCCGAAGACCCACCUCCAAGUUCUCUUCUGCCAGAACCUGUUCUCCAGUACUAUCUCCAGCAGUAUCAGAAAUCUGGAUUCAGAGGACCACUGAACUGGUACCGAAACCUGCAAGCAAACUGGCGCUGGGACAUCUCUGCGCAGCGCAGGAAGAUCACAGUUCCCGCUUUGAUGGUUACUGCUGGGAAGGACGGCGUUCUCCAUCCAGAUAUGAGCAAACGCAUGGAGGAGUGGAUUCCUCAGCUGAGCCGUGGGCAUAUUGAGGAGUGCGGGCACUUCACACAAAUGGAGAGGCCUGCAGCUCUGAACAAAAUCCUCAUUGAGUGGCUGGAGGGCGUUCACAAGAAUGCUUCGCUGCAAACUAUUGCCAAGCUCUGAGCAGGACUUCGGUGCCCAUCCGGACUAAAUUGCUGCUGGUUGGUUUGGGGGAAGAAGGGUCAUAAUGGAUAUUUUCUGGAGCUCUUUCAAUGCUUUCAGAAACAAAAUGUAUUUUCAUGUUGGUGACAUGCAAAAAUGUGUUAUAUUGGGAGGAAUUAGUUAACGACAGAAAGUGGACUUAAAAUCAUGUUUUAAAAGCACAAAACACCCAAAGUGACCUCCUUCCUCAGCUCAUUAUGAUUCUGCUGAAAGGAGAAAAAUAUUUUUAAGAAAACAGUCCAAACCUGUAAACCGCCCAGAGAGCUUUGGCUAUGGGGCGGUAUAUAAAUUUAAUAAAUAAAUAAAUAAGAAAUUUUACAGUGAACUGGUUGAAGUGUUGCAUUUCUGGUCCAACACACCAUGGUUUGUUAGAUUGAGAACAAGUGGUGGGCACCUCCUCCUCUUCUUCCUCCUCUGCCUGGCUUCAGAGGGGAUGUCCUGCUUUGUUGAACUGCAGUUUUCCCAUGACAUACAAAUCAGGAGCCGUUGAUUUAUGUGUCUCCUGCAGAGAAGCAUUGCAAGCCAGGAUCAAACCAUGUUUGCAAUCCAGGUCUGUAGGGAGCACUUAAACCACAGUUUCCAGGUUCCAGUGUCACAGUGAAACUGUAGUUUAACAAACCUAGGAAGUCUCGUCUGGAGCUGGAGUGGGGGAGCACUUGUUCCUAAUCCAGCAAACCAUGGUUUGAUGUCUGAACUGGGCAUAUGCUUAGAAUUCCAUUUAGGGUCGUGGCAAUGAUUCCUCCACUGUCUGCAAUAGUUUGCAGUUCUUAAAAAAAUCAUUGUUACAUCUGUCACCUUUCUGUGCACAUUGUAACUUCUGCAGUUUGUUCCUUUUUAAUUGGCCAAUCAGAGCAAAGACAAGCACACAUUAUGCUUCUGUGAUCGGGCCACAGGAAUCUGGACCUAUGAAAUAAAGCAAAGAUGUCUUUAUGCUGACUCCGCCCAUUGGCCCAUCCAGCCCAGUAUUUCCCAGCCUGGAUACCAGAAACCCUUUAGCCAAAUGUUUCUAUGUGUACUUUAGUCCUGUGGAAGCGCAGAAUUUGGCAAUGGGUACAAAAUUCAGCUUCCUGAGAAUCUCAAUUUAUCUUUAAUUUUAAAAAAAAGCUACCAAGUUCCUAGCCCUUAAGGCAGGGAUAGAGAACUUGUGGCCCUCUAGAUAUGGUUGGACUACAGUUGCCAUCAGCCAUAGAUAGCCUGGACAAUAUGGCGGGUCUUGUAGUUCAGCAACAUCUGCAAGACUACAGCUUUCCCAGCCUUUUCAUCAGAUUUUGAAGAUACGCUUUUAAGUGUGUAAGCCGUCGCUACUGAGAUCUCAAAAGCCAAAGAGUCUGCUCAAUAGAAUUUCCACCGAGUGACAGUGUGGCUUCUAUGCCCUGCAUCUGCGCUUCUUCCCGUAACUAGGGAAAUCAGAACAAAUCAUGCAGAAUAAAGACUAUUAUGCAAAUCCUUGGUGCAGAAUUGUAACAGAAUUGAAAUUCUUCAGGAUUGUAACACUGGCAAAGUGGAUGCAGCUGGUAUUACGUCUGGGCCUUUCCAUUUCCCUACAGAACAUGUGCCUUACUACUGAACCAAAGGCUUCAGUCUUUCUCUGCUGCUGCUUCAGAUUACCUUAGGAAUCUUUCUACGGGGAAGGUAAAUUAUUGGGUGUUUAGGUUACAGGGCAUGUCUUUUUCUCUGGUGAUGCUUUUAUUGCUGCAACAGCUACUUGCGGAAAAUCAGUAACUGGAAUAAAAAAGUUUACAAGCAUCA